AUAAAUAAAAAAGCAACAAUGACCAAGUACAUACAAGUAAAGUGUUCUGUAGAUUGUAAACAAAUAGUGCAAAUAGGGAAGCAAAUAAAAGCACUAAUUAUAAAAUGUAAUAAGUAAAGGUUAAAGACACAGCAUUAGAGAGCACUAUGUAAUAACUGUUCCCUCAAAUUGAGGGUAAUACUUUAUGAAAAAUAAACCAUAAUUAGCCAGUCAAAUAUUCAUGACACAAUUAAAGAAUACAAUGUAAUACAAUACAAUGUAGUAAUGCAGAGGCAUUUCAGUUUUAAUCUCUGAGAUGGAUCUUAAAAGAUAUCUAAGAUUGUUGAACUCACUCACAAGCAGAAAAUCCAUAUCACUUAUAUUAGUAUAUUGCUUUGUAUAUGAAAAAACUUAAACAUUUUCAAUAGCUAAUAACAAAGAAGUCUCUCUUAUAAUAAUAGUUGGCAAGAAUUGGAAUAAAGGUCACAGGAGACACAAAUUACAAAAGGGGUCAUGUCAACAACAGGGAAUUAAUUCAUUUGAUUUUUCAGUCAUAUCCUGUUACCUCAUGACUAUCAAUGUCUGCUCAGUACAUUCAUGCUCUUUCCCAAAGAGGAGACUCGACAGAAUGUGUUUUGUCUCCAAAACAUUGAACUUGACACCAUUAAUUACUGCUCUUUGGUAAUUUAAGUAAUUCUGGUAACACUGGUAUCUAAAAGGCCUUUGAUUCUACUGCAUCCAUCCUCUGCAUACCAUGUCUUACUAAAUCUUGAGUGUUUAAUCUCCAGUAAUUACAAAGAUUUGCUUAGGUUAAUAAAAAUAAUCCGCCUCAAUUGAGACCCCCUACCUGGACCUCCCCUGUGCCUUCUUUGCCCCUUUCUGUGAGGGAUAACUUCACAGUCAUAUAAAUAGUCACCUUCACAACCGUGAAGCACAACUCUUUGAUUCAGGAGCAAAAGGCUGUUGGAUAAUAAGAAAUUAGUUCUGAUCUUCAGGUUUAUCAGAGAGGCGAAAACAUUUAAUUUAAAUUUGUUGCUAAACAAAGUAGUCGUUUAUUUAGUCUUAUAGACUGACGUCAUUUCCACAGGUUGAGAUUGUGUCGCUCGUGAGCACGUCAAGGUUAACAACAGUUGAGAGGCUCAUCUUUAUCUGUGAUCUUGUCAACAGUAAGACUUCGGUGGAAGAAGCGAGGGGCAUUGAGGCUUUCAGUUUAUGAAGGGUCCUGCACUUUCAAAGAAAGUAGCCAUGCUGUGAAACUCAGACAACACUUUUCAUUUAUCACCUGAUACUUAUUCCACAGCCAGUUUGGAACUAAUAAAACCUCUGUAAUGAGUCUAAGGUAUCUGAAUUCAGAGAUGACAAUGGAGGACAGAAGCAGCCGUGCCGGCGGCAGAGAGAGGCUGGGACUGAGCUUCACUAUUGACUACCUUCUGUUCAAUAAAGGAGUCAAAGGUUCCAAAGAAGAAGCGACAGGAAGUCGUACAGCAGAGCAGACAGCGAACAACAUGCCAAAUCAUCAGAAUCCUAAACCCGAAAAGGUGGGGAUUCGCUCUGAGAUACAGGAGAAGCAGAUACAGAGGUCAGAGACUGAAGGAAGGAAAGUCAAAGAAGAGGAGGGGGAUGAAGAGCAACAAGAGGAGGGGGAGGAGGAGGAAGUGACCACCACCACAUCUACCAGCAGCAGUCCAGAGAAGUCUGCGGACAAACCCAACCAGUCGUACAUCGCACUCAUCUCCAAGGCAAUCCUGGCGUCAGAGCAGAAGAAACUACUGCUAUGUGACAUCUACCAGUGGAUCAUGGACCACUACCCUUACUUCAAGAGUAAGGAUAAAAACUGGAGGAACAGCGUGCGUCACAACUUGUCCCUGAACGACUGCUUCAUCAAAGCAGGCCGCAGUGAAAACGGUAAAGGCCACUUUUGGGCGAUUCACCCAUCAAACUACCAGGACUUUUCUAACGGAGACUACCACUGCCGGAGGGCACGGCGGAGGGUACGCAGGGUGGCAGGACAGCUCCCCCUUUCCUCCCUGAGCUCCCCCUACUACCCUGCCCUCGCCCGUCCCCACAGAACGACCUGUUGGUGCUGCCCUCAAGCCCAAACACUCCCUCUGACCGGCUUGGCACCCAGACUCUACUGGCCAUGGUCCAGUGUGCAGCCACAAGUGGGGCUCCACCCGGGCCUGCGUGCCUCUGUACCCUGACAGUGAAUAGUUUGUAUUUUUGAGGUAUACUGUCUUAUUUGCUAAUGAAUGUGUCAUUAGGUGAUGUUAAACUUGAAUUGGACAAUGUUACAUUAUAUUCUGCAAUCUAAAGGCAAAGUCAUUUUAGGGUGUUCAAUGAUUAAACAAAAUGUAUGAAUGUUAUGAAGCUACUGCACUUCUUUCAUUUGUAUUCUGAAUGUUUUAGAAUAAUUAAAACACAAUGUUUGUUAUAAUCUCAUUAAAUCAUAUUGAAUUCAA